CGAAAACCCAAUUGACAAGAACUCCCUCCCAACCCUGUGGUCUGACCUGCGUUCGGCUCGCUUUUCCCGCCCGAGCCCGGGUCUCGAGCGCUCAGCCGGGAGCGCCCGCCUCGGAGGCACCCUGCAUACACCGGCCGCGCCUCAGGGCCCUCGCAGCCCGCGCUUUCUCACCGCCUCUUUCCGCGUUCGGCUUUGCUGAGCUGGGCCCAGCCCGCGCGCCGGCUCCGUGCUGGCGGGCGCGGGGGAGUCCGAGACGGACUCGUCUGCUCAGCACCCCGCUCCUCCAUGGCCCCCCGGCAGGCGGGCCCGGACCGCGUAAGGUCCUAGGAGCCGGGAUUCGGGGUAGCAGGGAGCAUGGUGGGGGUCCUGGCCAUGGCGGCUGCAGCUGCUCCCCCUCCCGUGGAGGACUACGAGAUUGAGCCAUGCAGAAAGCGGAGGAAGGAUGAUGACAGAUCUUCCUGCAAAACAAUUGAAAAAUAUUUAUCACCAAUCAGGACAACUGGAGAUAGGGUUUUUCCUCCACCAAAACCUAGUAAUAUUCUGGAUUAUUUUAGAAAGACUUCACCCACAGAUGAGAAGAUGCAAUUAGUGAAAGAGUGCAAGAUAAAGUCAUCUACCUCAUUGCCUGUUGACAGUAGCAAAAACUCUAAGACACCUUUGGAAAUAUUCUCAAAUACAGAGUUUAAGAAGAAAGGAAGGAGGAUUAAUUUAUCUCAUCAACUAAAUAAUAUUAAAACUGAAAAUCAAUCUCCAAUAGAAAUUAAUAGUGAUGAUAGUAAAGAAGACUCUAGUUUAAAUAAUGAUUUUGUAGAAAGUAGUACUUCUGUUUUACUUUGCAAGAAACAAGUAGAGGUAUUUACAGAAAACAUUCAAGAUAUAAAAAAUCAGUCAAGUAUUAUGACUUCCAGAAAAAAUUCAAAAAAAAAAAAUCCUAAACAAGGGAUCACAAAAAGUGAUUUCAAAAAGUUGAGGAAAAGGAAGCGCAGAGAUGUAGUAGAUCUAUCUGAAAGUUUACCCUUGGCAGAGGAACAAAAUCUACUUAAAAGGGAUAGUAAAGAUAAUAAACAGAUAAUAUCUUACCUGACUAAUGAAAUCGAGAAUACUGCAAGUGAUGCAAACUCUAGAGAUAAUGUAACUGAAACAACCCAGUUAAAUGAUAGUACAAUAACUGUCUCAUAUGAGGAAUUUUUAAAAAGUCACCAGGAAAAUAAAGUAGAGCAGAUACCAGACUCUACAUUGUCAAUUUGUGUUCCUUCUGAAAUUGUUGAAGAAAUUGUCAAAAGUGGUUAUGUAAGUGAUACAGAAAACUGUGAAAUUUCCCAGCAGGUACGCUUUAAAACAGUUACUGUUCUUGCACAAGUUCAUCCUAUUCCACCCAAAAAAACAGGGAAAAUACCCCAAAUUUUCUUGAAACAAAAUCAAUCUGAAAUGGAAAAUAGUGCAUCUGACCCUGAGAAUGAACAGGCAAUUCAGAAAAGAAAAUCUAAUGUUGUUAUACAGGAGGAAGAAUUGGAAUUGGCAGUGUUGGAAGCUGGAAGUUCUGAAGCUGUGAAACCAAAAUGCACUCUAGAAGAAAGACAGCAGUUUAUGAAAGCAUUUAGGCAGCCAUCAUCAGAUGCAGUUAAAAAUGGAGUUAAAAAGUCUUUUGAUAAGCAGAAAGACCUCAAUGAAAAAUCUCUAAAUGAGGAAGGAAGAGAUAAUAAUUCUAAAAAAAUCAUGGAAAAUUCUGGUAUCCAAAUGGUUUCAAAUAAUGGUAAUUCACAGUCUUAUGCUGAUAAAGAAAGUUUUCCUAAGGAGAAAAGGAAGGAGCUAAAGAAAAGAGGUAAAAGAAUAUUAGAUACUGGGGCUAUUCCAGGUGAAAACAGAGAGCAAAACACUCAAAAGAAAGAAAUAACCUUUUCCUUAAAAGAUAAACAAAAUCAAAAUAGGCUUAGAAUGAGUUUAAGACAAAAGAAAAUGGAAGUUUUCAAAAGCAGCACUUUAUUUAACAGUGAAAAUGUUGUUUGUGAAGAUACAGCAAAUGAUGACACUCUAAAGAUUUCAUCCCUGUGUAGCAAUAAUAAAUCAUCAAGAAAAACCAGCACACCAGUUAAAGAUGAUAAGGUUAUGCAAUCUAAAACUGAAUCUGAAGAGAGCUUAAUAAAUGUUUCCACAACCAAAUCAACCAGAAGAUCUGCAAGAAGUAGCACCAUGCCUAGUACAGUAACCAUUAGAGGGAUUCAUUCUGAAGAUGCACAAGAUAAUAAUCCCGUAAAAACUUCCACUCCAAAAGCAGCCAACGUAUCAGAAAAGCACAGCUUAUAUACAGCAGAAUUAAUAACAGUACCCUCUGAUUCAGAGAGCCCCAUUAGAAUGAAAUUUACCAGAAUUAGUACUCCCAAAAAAUCUAAGAGAAAACCUAAGAAAAGAUCUAAGAAAAGAGCUAAGAAAUCUGAAGCAAUUGAUGGAGAUUUUACUUUUGAGACUAGAAAGGUAAACAAUGCUUCAAAAAAUAUAUCAAAAGCAAAACAACUGAUUGAAAAAGCAAAAGCUUUACAUAUCAAUAGGUCAAAGGCAACAGAAGAAAUAGUGACACCCUUAAGGCGCUCCUCUAGACAUCAAACUCUUUCUGAGAGGAAGAACUUGUCAGAAACGGAAAACUCUGUAAUAAUAAUAGAUUCAAGUCCUGAUUCUUUAAAGCAUCCAGAGAAAAAUCAGAAGAAACUUCAGUGUUUGAAUGAUGUGCUAGGAAAAAAACCUAACAAGUGCACUACAAAUGUACCUGGAAAAAUGAAAGUUGCUCCUUUAUUUCUUGCCAAAAAGACACAAAAAGCAGCUGAUCCUAUCCUUGGUUUUGAUGCAAGCAGUCAAGAUACAUCUGAAAAGUCUCAGGAUUGUGAUGUACAGUUUAAAGCAAAGCAUGACUUCCUAAUGAGUGGUUUGCCAGAUUUAUUGAAACGGCAGAUUGCAAAGAAGGCUGCUGCUUUGGAUGUGUACAGUGCAGCAAGCACCAGUUUCCAGAGAGUUGUGCAUGUACAGCAAAAGGAUGAUGGAUGCUGUUUGUGGCAUUUGAAGCCACCCUCUUGUCCCCUCUUAACUAAACUUAAAGAAUUGGAUACUAAAGUAAUAGAUAUUUCAAAAUGUAUUAUUGCUCUUGGUGAAUUUUCAACAUUGAAUUCAUAUUCAGAAAGCAAUAAUUCUGCUGUUGUGUUUAUGAGGACAAGGAAGGAUUUUACUGAAGAAGUAAGAAAUCUUUUGCUGGAGGAAAUUAGGUGGUCAAAUCCUGGAUUUUCUUUGAGACAAUAUUUUCCCUUGCUUCUAAAGAAACAAAUUGAGCACCAGGCACUUUCUGAGUGUCAUAGUAAACAAGAAAUUCCACAACUAGAGCCUGAUGUCAAUCAAAAAGAAACCAAAAGGAAACAAGUAGAAGCAGAAAAUCAUAAGUCAAAAAGAAAGAAACCAAAUGAAUAUUCAGGAAGUUCAGAAAAGAUAAAUAGAAAAUCAGAAAAACGUGGCAAAAGAAACAGCUCUUCUGGGAUAGAGCUAGAUUCUUCCAAAGAUUCUGGAACUGAAGACAUGCUUUGGACAGAAAAGUAUCAACCUCAGAAUGCCAGUGAACUCAUAGGCAAUGAGUUAGCUGUAAAGAAAUUACAUAGUUGGUUGAAAGACUGGAAAAGAAGAGCUGAAUUGGAAGAAAGACAGAAUUUGAAGGGAAAAAGAGAGGAGAAACAAGAAGAUUUGUUGGAUAGCAUAGACUUUAAAGGCAGUUCAGAUGAUGAAGAAGAGAGUCGUCUUUGCAAUACUGUUCUUAUAACAGGGCCAACAGGAGUGGGAAAAACUGCUGCAGUUUAUGCCUGUGCUCAGGAGCUUGGAUUUAAGAUAUUUGAAGUGAAUGCCUCUUCCCAGCGCAGUGGUAGACAAAUUCUGUCUCAAUUGAAGGAAGCUACUCAGUCCCAUCAAGUAGAUAAGCAAGGUGUAAACUCACAAAAACCCUCUUUUUUUCAUAGCUACAAUGUAGGCAAGUCACCAAAAAAAUUAAUCUCCCCUAAGAAAGUUGUUACAUCACCAAGAAAACUUCCUCCACCAUCACCAAAAAGUAGUGGACCAAAGCGAGCACUUCCUCCUAAAACUUUGGCAAAUUAUUUUAAAGUAUCUUCCAAACCCAAAAAGAAUGAAGAAAUAGGAGCACUUCUGGAAAAUAAUAAAGGAAUCAGAAAUUCUUUUGACCAGAAACAAAUUGUUCAGACUAAAUCUACAAAUUCACCUAAUUCAAAUGUCAAAGAAUUUGGAGCUGGGGAACUCAAUAGGAAAAAUGCAACAUCUCUUAUUCUUUUUGAGGAGGUUGAUGUCAUUUUUGAUGAAGAUGCCGGGUUUUUGAAUGCAAUCAAAACAUUCAUGGCAACAACUAAACGACCUGUAAUUCUUACUACAAGUGAUCCAACAUUUAGUUUAAUGUUUGAUGGCUGCUUCGAAGAAAUCAAUUUUAGUACUCCUUCCCUGGUAAGUUUUGAAUUUUGA